CAUAAUGGACUCCUAUGGCUUUAAAGCCGGAAUCCUUAAUGGCGAAACAUUCAUCGGACAUCAUUGCGCGGUGUAUUUUUAUUUUACCAUGCUGCGCGACGCUCCUUAGUUCGACAACAAUAGCAAUGGUGGUGGGGCAGCCAGUGGCGCUGUUUCCCCCUUCUGCGGAUUCCAUCUUUAACGGCAGCAUUAUCUCCCUUGAUAUGUUUUUACUCUGUGGGAAUCUGUAGGCUGUUCUUUUAAGUGUUACUCGUAUGAGCUGAAGCCAUGGGUGAUGAAAUCCAUAGAAUUUCCACUCCUUUAAUGCUGCCUGACGAAAUGAUCUGUAAAUGGUUCUUCUGGGGGAUUGUGUGUAGCUUUUCGCACUUUGCCGAACGACAUGGUGAUUGGCCACAUGCGAGGCUGCCUUGCUUAGGCACUGUGCUUCGUACUAAUGCUUUGUCCUGCUUGUCCACAGAGCAUUGUGCAUGUGGUGUUUCAUGACUGCUGCCUGCAGUACRCAGGACAUCAGCAGCUGGAGGAAUGAAGAUGGAACAUACCGGGGACAGGAUCUGGAUAUAGAUAUUCUCCUCUCUGUGGGUGUCGUCAAGCCUCGUGCCCACUCGCUGCAGCUCAACACUGUAAAGUUUCUCUGGGAUCCUGUCAAGAACGCAUCCAUCUUCAUUCAGGUCAACUGCAUUAGCACCGAGUUAACCCCUAGGAAGCAUUGUGGGGAGAAGGGAGUGCCCUUCCGUWUCCAGAUAGACACCUUCACUCAGAACGAACAUGGAGAGUACCUGGACCAUCUGCAUUUCUCCAGCUGUCAGGUCGARGUCUUCAAGGUAAAGGGGCUCUUACUGGGUGUGGGUGUGAGCUAAUUGUUCAUU